AGAAAGCAUGAAGAUCCAACGUGUUCUUGUGACCGUAGGUUGGCUUGUUUACGCGCCAUCGGCACUGGCCUCUCGCGACCAAGUCGUUCUACGCGAUUCAGCCGCCACUUCGAACAUCACAAAGAAUGUCGCUAUCAUAGUAUGCUACAUGCCUGUCUCUGAUGCCACUGUUANNGGUGCUGGAAGUGCUGGCUCGUCAACAGCAUAUUUCUUGCGGAAAUACAGCCAGGAGCGAGGCAUCUCACUCAACAUCACAGUCUACGAGCGUGACGGCCACAUUGGCGGUCGUUCGACAACAGUAGGCGUAUAUGGAGACGAGCAGAACUCGGUCGAGCUUGGUGCAUCCAUCUUUGUUGAGGUAAACCACAAUCUCGUUGAUGCUGCUAAAGAGUUCAAUCUCUCGACAUCCGGCAUCCGUGAAGUCAGCACAGAAGGGCCAGUAUUGGGUAUAUGGAACGGCAGAGACUUCGUAUACACACAAUCUUCUGGUGGAAGCUGGUGGGACACUGCAAAACUCUUCUGGAAAUACGGUCUCGCACCUCUAAAGACGGUGAAGUUAAUGAAGGCCACCGUUGGAAAGUUCCUCAAGAUGUACGAGGAGCCAUAUUUUCCUUGGAAGUCGUUGUCACAUGUUGCCUAUGAGCUUGGUCUGACGACUGCUACUGCUUCUACUGGUGAACAGUUUCUUGACCAGAAUGGCAUCGGCAAGCUAUUCGCCCAAGACAUCAUACAAGCCAGCACACGGGUCAACUACGCACAGAAUCUUCCGUUGAUACACGGACUGGAGGCAAUGGUCUGCAUGGCGACCGACGGAGCACAAGCAAUCGAAGGAGGCAACUGGCAGAUCUUCUCGAACAUGCUUACAGCCUCACAUGCGACAGUUCAUCUCAACCACACAGUCAGCAAGGUCGAGAAACUCAAGGAUGCUACGUACGUCAUAUCGACAAGAGGAACAGAGUCAUCAGAAACAUUUAACCAGCAGACGUUUGAUGAGGUUGUGCUGGCAGGACCAUACCAAUACUCGAAUAUCGAUUUUGACCCAAAGCCUCGCCACAUACCGGACUCCAUCCCUUACGUACAGCUGCAUGUCACAUUAUUCACGUCGAAACACAAGCUUUCACCACGAGCCUUCAAUCUAUCGUCGGAGGAAGUGGUUCCUCAGGUGGUUCUGACCACUCUCNCCCCUGGCGAACAUUACGGCAGCAAUCCGAAAGGAGUGGGAUCACCUGGUUUCUUCAGCAUCUCGGUUUUGCGUCCCAGCAUGGACACUCGUGGAGGCAAGGACGAGCUUGAAUACUUGUACAAAAUCUUCUCGCCCGCUCCACUCAACGAGACAUUCAUGGCGAAUAUCCUGGGUCUACCUGCAGACAAGGCAAUCAGCAAAGACGAUGUCAGCUGGAUGUACCGGAAAGUAUGGAACAGCUAUCCAUACGAGUAUCCACGAGUGACGUUUGAGGAACUUCAGCUGGACGAUGGACUCUGGUAUACGGCGGGUAUCGAAAGUUUCAUAAGUACGAUGGAAACAAGCAGCCUGAUGGGCAAGAACAUUGCCAGGUUGAUGGUGGAUGCUUGGGAAAGC